AUGCCAUUCCUACAGCGCUCCAGCUCAAAGCGCGCAAAUCGUCGCGGGAGCUUGGACGACCGCGCGAAGACGGAGAAGAAGGCCAGUGAAUCGGCCACUGCCAACCCACCUGGAUUCAACGAUUCAAUGAAUGAUGCGAUGCACGCAUGCCAAUGCAGCACCAUGGACCGGCCCAAGUCCGCAAGUGCUGAGAGGCGACGGCUGCAGCGCAGUCGUCCACCGAUGCAUUCCCAUACCAGGACAUCCAACGAUUCAAGUCCGCUGCCUAAAUGCAGCAGGGACUUGGAACAGCAAGUGAGGACCAUUGACUACACUGCUGGACCGGACAUAUUUUCCUUCCCGACACCCUCACCUCGCAUGCCGCCCCACAGCGCAACGAUCAAUCGACGCCACUAUAUGACAGGCUUGCAUCCAAUGUCGCCUGGUAUCGACUCGCCUCAAGUCCAGUCACCGGCUGAGACACCUCACAUCGGAAUCGCACUUGGAUCUCCGUCGGAAGCGCCCCCAACGUGGGGCAGAUCACAUACUCACGACGCGGUCCCGUCUAGAAGGACUGCUGGGCUACCACCUUCUCGAUCGCCGCCACCCAUACCACAGCCGCUGAGAACAGAUACUAUGAUUUCUCUGCCGAAACAGAAGAAGAUCUCGAGUUGGAAAACAUUCAGCAGCCUCUUUCGCAGCAAGACUACCUCUGAGCCUUCUCAUAAAUUCAGGACUCAGCCUCCAGCAGAUGCUGAGCCAGCCAACCGUGAUGUGCCACUGGCAGAGCUGGAAGCAGAUCCCGGGCCAACAGCCAGAUCACAGACACCUCUGUCUUGCUUGUUUGCGCCGAGUCCUGGUAUGCCAAAGCGUCGGGACUCACUCGACGAGGCACAAAGCAGAGCUCCUAGACACGAGCAAAUGUUUGAUGCUGGCCAUCGCACUUCGGCUGUACCGAGGGGCCUUGCUCUGCGAGCCAAGGGAAGCACUCCAAACGCAUCUCCGAAAGUGAGAUCGCACGGAGUGUGGCGCGUAUCUCAAGAUGCGUUCGGCCGUGCUGAGCGAUGCGAUGACGAGCCUAUGCUUAACGACGAGGCCCGCGACCAAGUUUCGGAGCCGGCACUACCGACCCCUCGACUUGACCUUGACUUGCCUGGAGUGGAGUUUCCGCGAUUUAGUAUCAUGUUUGAGAAACAGCUGUCUCUCAACUCGAGGCCCUCGAUCUUGGAGAGGAGACAAAGCAGACUGCAAAGAUCCCAAUCGCAAAAAGGAGGAGAAUGCGAAGAGGGUCUUCAGGUUCAUACUCAUGGCGGCGGAAUCUUGCGCAGCAUGACUUCCCCAUCUUUCAAGCGUCCGCUUUCAAUUCUCGUGAAAGCAGAGCAAGCAGCGAGAGACGAGCCAGCGACAGCACUACAAAGGAUGCGGUUGCCUAUGCGUUCAGUGACGGCGCCAGUGGGAACCACCUCGCCUAUCGCGGCUGCAUUCAUGCAACCACGCCAAGGUACGCACUUGAGCAGCUCACCCGAGUCUCAAGGCUCUGCAUUCUACAGCGAAAAUUCCCUUCCACCGACGCCUACAACGGCCACGACUUGCACAGACACUGAAUCUGCUCGACGCAUGCUCGUCGAUGCCGAACCAUUCUGGAAGCCUCCAGCUGUGAUGCGAAGCUUUUCUCACCCUGCCCAUGCGAACAUCGAUCAUGCCUUCGCCAACGAGGAUGAGCAAGCAAUGAGCUACCGCGAUGAUGAGUCAUAUCCUCGUGUCAAGUCACCGGAAGAUCUCGAGCGACAGAUGGUGCAGGUGAGCGUCGCGCGGCAGGUCAGUGUCAGUCGCGCCAGGACCCGGGUGAUGAAAGCUAUGGAAGGCAGCGCAAGACCAGCCGCAGUUCCUUUACGGCCACGAAUUAUCGAAUUCUCCAAGAAUCGCAAGUCCGCUGCAGGAGUACUUGAGGAUGCUUCAGCGGAUUGCGAAGAUGUCAUGCCCGAAAAUGCUGCUGCGCAUUCGCGAGCGGCAAGCUUGGCAUUCGAGGAAGCGAAACGAAGAAGCGUUGUGAGCACAAAAAGUGCUAAGAGCAUUAUGGAGCAGGAUGUGCCUGAAGUUCCCAGUCUCAAGCAAGACACAGACAACAAGAACCCGGUCAUUAUGACAGCGGAUGAGGCCUACUAGUCAGGGAAUUCAG